CAUAAAGGUACUGCGCAGAGCAGACAGACUGAUCCAGAGCAGGAGACACCGAACAUGACGGAUGGUCGCUUGUGGAGUACGCACAGUUUCAAACACUUGUAGACGGACCAAAAAGUCUUUUGCAGACAUGACUUGCAUCCACCCCCAGCAUGGAUCUCAGCCCUAUGAGAACAGCCUCGGCAGCUCGGAGCGUCAGAACACAGACUUUAUCUCCCGGCUGGCUGAGGAUAUGAGCAGCCCACGGGACCACCUCUCCGCUCCAUCCCUGCCAAGCAUCAGCUCCCUGGUGGGCACUCAGGCGGGAGACUUUGAUGCAUAUUCAUGCCAGUUUACCACAACUCCUGCCCACAUCACUCCCUCGUCAGGCCAGGAGAUCCCUUUUAAGUUGGAUGAACUCCAAGUAUUUGGCUGCUACCCUGGACCCUUCAUGUUGAGUCACCCGGAUGAGGCUGUGUCCCCCAGUGGGUCUGAUUAUUUUGGCAGUCCUGCAUCGGCUUCCUCUCCUUGCACCCCCGGGUUCCAGAGUCAGCAUGCAUCCACCUGGGAUUCAGCCUUUGGGCCUUACUCGCCCAGUCCAGGAUACUGGGCGGCUGAGGAGGCCUCGGUAACACCGUCCUUCUUCACGUUCGGUUCAGGGUCCUUGGAGGACAUGUCUCAUUUGGGUCAAUCCCAAGAGCAGGACCCUUUCACUUUGGCCCAUCCUCACCCAUCUGCACUGACCUUCCCUGCCUUGGCGAUGGAGCAGCAAUGCAGCCUGGAUGGCACUGACCAGCUGGAUGGAAGCUUAUCACCCAAGUUAAAAAGUCCAAGAGGAAAUGAGGGCUGCUGCGCUGUGUGUGGGGACAACGCCUCCUGUCAGCACUACGGGGUCCGGACCUGUGAAGGAUGCAAAGGGUUUUUCAAGAGAACAGUUCAAAAAAAUUCCAAGUAUGUUUGCCUGGCCAACAAGGACUGCCCUGUGGACAAGAGGAGACGGAAUCGAUGCCAGUUCUGUCGUUUCCAGAAGUGUCUGGCUGCGGGCAUGGUCAGGGAAGUUGUGAGAACCGAUAGUCUGAAAGGUCGAAGAGGUCGUCUUCCUUCCAAGCCUAAAGUUGUUCAGGAUGUGACGGCCGCUGUGUCCCCAGUGAGCAUGAUCGCUUCUCUCGUGAGGGCCCACAUCGACUCAAACCCCAGCCUCGGCACGCUGGAUUAUUCCAAGUAUGUUGAGACGGAUGUCAGCGUGAACCACAAGGAGGACGCCAGUGACAUCAAACAGUUUUACGACUUACUGACAGCCUCCAUGGAGGUUAUCAAAAAGUGGGCAAACAGCAUCCCAGGUUUCUCUGAGUUCUGCUCUGAGGAUCAGGAACUGCUGCUGGAAUCUGCGUUUGUUGAACUUUUCAUUCUGCGUCUUGCAUACCGGUCCAAUCCCAAAACAGACAAGCUCAUCUUCUGCAACGGAGCUGUACUUCAUAAAUUACAGUGUGUCCGUAGCUUUGGGGAAUGGAUUGACUCCAUCUUGGAGUUUUCUCAGAGUCUCCACCGCAUGAAGCUGGAUGUUUCGUCCUUCUCCUGCCUCACUGCCCUCGUCAUAAUCACCGACCGACAUGGUCUUAAGGAGCCAAAACGCGUUGAGGACUUGCAGAACCAGCUCAUCACCUGCCUUAAAGAUCACGUCUCUGGCUGCAGCUCCGACUCCUCGCGGCCAAAUUAUCUGUCCAGACUUCUCGGGAAGCUGCCAGAGCUCAGGACUCUGUACACUCAAGGCCUCCAGCGCAUCUUUUACCUUAAACUGGAAGACCUCGUUCCUCCACCACCGAUAGUGGAAAAAAUCUUCAUGGAUACGCUUCCAUUUUGAGUGCGAGAUGGGAGAUCGACCAUCUCUACUAUAAAACCUGGAGUUCAUUUGAGAGCCAGACUGAGCACUUAAACUCCAGGUAACAAAGUGAAACUGCAAGAAGCUAAGCAGAAUGAUAAUCCUUAGGGAUUAUCAGAAGAAAAAUGAUGCUUCUGAAUUUUACAGUCAUAAAACUUGUGGAAGCAGCAUGAAUGUGGAGCCAUCACAUAAUACUCCUCCUAGUUUGUUUCUCCAAGAAGUUGUGGACUCUCUGGAUGGAAUUAGAUAGGCCACCUCAUGGACCAAAAGGUGGCUGUUUACAUACAACAAGGUGCCAUGAAUGGAAACAUUUCUGAUGGAGAGAACAUGACUGAACUUUCCAAACAGCUACAAAGUCAAUGCAAAUAAUAUUUGCACCAUCAUUUCAAUGAUAAAAGCAUUAUUGUGAUAUCUUUAGCUCAAGUAUUGAAAAUAGUCAUAUUUCUGUUUCAAUUUCUUCUGGUGCUAUAGUGUGUUUAAACAAGCAGUUUAAUUCAUAGAACCACUUUGUACAGACUUUGGAGUCAGUCUACGCACAUCAACAUCCAAGGUAAAAGUCACUCAAAGCUCCUGUGUGCUUUAUAUUUAUGCCACCAUAUAUUUUUGGUGAUGGUAAAGUAGGGUAAACCUACAGGAUUAAUCAGUAGUAUCAUUCAUGUAUCAUGAAUCGACAUUGAGCAGCUAAUAUACUGUGUAUCACCCUGUACAGUCUUACGCACUGGUCUCGUUUGUAAAUGAUUCUAAAGUUGUUUUUAACCAGCUGGUGUUGUUGCCACCUGAGCUGUAUUCUACAGUCUUGGGCGAUUUUGUUUUGGGCCUGUAAUUUUUACAUACUACGAUGUUAUAUUUUACUGCAGCUAAACAUGAAAUAAAAUGUUCGACUGCA